AGCGGUUCGUUCGUUCUAUUCUUGCUAAAAGUCUCGAGGUGUUUAGGCUGCGGUCAACAUCACCUGCGCAACAAUAUCGGUCAAGUUCAUCACCACAUGAAAAAAUGCAAAAGGCACAACAGUUUGACAUUCCUAAUUAAAUUAGUGCUGCGAAAACGCAUUUGGCCUCAACUUGUAAUUGGAAUUCGGAUUCUCACGACAUCGUGUUAAAUAAUUUGGAACUACUUGUAUAAUAAACUAUACAUAAACAUAAAAAAAAACUUUUGUCAGGCUGCCAAAUUAUACUAUUAUAUUAUUAUUGUGUCCGCGUGUGUGUAAAAAAAGGUGUGAUUUGUUCAUUUUUUCUGUGUCGGCAUGAAUUUACAAGAAAUUUGUAAUAACAAAAAUAGAAUUUAAAUUCGUUUAGAAACACACUAUUAUCGGUAAUACAAAUUAUACGUACGUAUGCGCGUUAAGAUUUUGAUUCUCAGUCAAUAACAAAUUUCACAAUAUUCGCAUACAAUUUGCGCAGCUAUUAAUCGCUCAAGUUCCUCGAUUACGCAAAUUUAUUGUAAAAGAUGAGCGUCAUUUCGACAUCACAAAAGCAACAGCAGCCACAGAUGAAAGCUUUGGAGCUAGUCGCACAACACAAAAAGCAAGCUGAAGUGGGCACUUUGCUCAGUCGGCGUUAUGGACAACUCCUGCGAUCCGAGAAACACACAGACUGCAUCUUUCAUAUAUGUGAGCAGCGGCUCAAGUGCCAUAAGCUCAUCUUGAGCGCCGCCAGUCCGGUAUUCGAGGCCAUGUUCUAUGGGCCCCUGCAGGAAAACGAACCACAAAUUGAAAUACAUGACAUAAGUGCGGAGAUCUUUAAAGUACUUAUUGAGUACAUUUAUACUGGGAGUGUGGACUACGAAUGUUUGCAGCUUGAGGCGUGCAUUGAGUUGUAUUAUGCGGCGGAAAAGUAUUUGCUGGAUCAGCUCAUUUCCGGCUCACUAUUGGCUGUGACGCAUAAGCUACGCUUCUGCAACAUUCUACCUGCCCUGGAGUUAGGCGUUUGUAUGAAUUUAGACAGUCUGCUAGACGUUUGCAUGACGUUUUUUAUGCGCUGCUGUGUGAGCAAUGCUCAAUACAUGAGUUAUUUAAAGGAACACUACGUGCACGUGUCCAAGGAGUGCGUGAAGGCGAUUAUAACGGCAUGCAAAGAGCCACAUAAACUCCUGCUCUGGUAUGUAUACGAGUGGACGCAACAGGAAUGCAUGGAGCUCGGACUGACGCCCAGUGAUGCUGAUUUGGUUGUGCACGAACUUGAGCUGGGUGCCCCCGCUUGGCAGGCAGCGACAACGAAGGCAUUGUCUAGCACAGCAGACAACUCAUCAUCCACCGCGACCCUCGUUGAGCGCUGCUAUUACAAGGCCUGUCGACCCUUUACCGUAGACUCGCAGACUAACAUCUGGCGCCUGCGACUGAAGAGCUCUCGUUUCAUUUCCAUGUUAGGUCUAGUGCUUCAUAGUCGGCUCACACCAAAUCUAAAUUGUACCAUUUCCCAUGGUCCGCGACAACAGUUAUUGGAGUACAGAGAGUCGCUGCGCAUCGACGUUUAUGAGCUACCAUCUGGUGGAAAUGCAGUUAACGUGGAUAAUGUGGUUUGGACACAUGUGGUGCAGAGCCAAACAACAAAAUACAAUUGUGAUUUGCAUCUCAGCUGGACAAGGGAGCAGGACUGCGUCCUAGCUCCCGAUGUGAUAUACGAAUUGCGGCUGCGCUGGGACAGUAACGCCUUUGGAGCAGAGUACCCAUGUAGCCUGCAGUCUUCUAAGAUCGACGGUAUUCAAUUCAUUGACGACGGCGACAGCUUUAGCGGUAGUUUGGUGAAGGGAUUACGUUAUGUAAAUUUAGUUUAGUAUAGGAUAGUCGUCUUCUAAUAUAAAUGUAUUAGUAUUAACUGUGUAUUUAUUGUUUAAAAUUACAAACACUGAUGGAGAGUUCAAUAAACUGUGAGAUUUAAUUCCAGAGAUAAGCGAAAAA